CAGUUUCAGUCGAAUAGCUGUUCGAACCGGGCAUCAAUAGAGCAUCAGAGCGGUCACCUAGUUUUGUAAAAUGAAGCCGAUGAUGGACCAAUCCGUCCCGACAAUUGUACACGUGUUUCUUCUAAUAUACAUCAUCUAUGACGUGGAUGAGUUGAUGCAGACGUUGAAGGUAUCGGCGUCUUUGCGUCUCACCUGGCUUGAUGAAAAUUUAGUCUGCAAUCCGAUAGACUAUGGCGGCAUACGAACGGGUGUCUACCCACAAAACAGCGUGUGGAAGCCGGAUAUAUCGCUCAAGAACUCGGUGGACGAUUUCAAGACGCUCGGAGACCCGUCGUUAAAUGUGAUCGUCACGUUCGAAGGACUUGUAACGUGGGAACCCUACCAGAUAUUUACCUCCAGAUGCAGGUUUGACUUCACGUAUUUUCCGUUCGACAAACAAACCUGUGAAAUGAUUUUCGUCACUUGGGGCUACACAGCGUCUGACGUCCGUAUUUGGAGACCGGAACUGGGACAGGCGCAAUACUUAGAAGACAUUCUGAAUAACCCCGAAUGGGACCUGGUUGGGGUCAAAGCUCGCAAUUUGACGAAUCCUCGCCCGAUGAUCAUUUUUGAGGUGAAUUUGAAGCGUAAACCGACACACGUAGUGAUCAACAUAAUCACCCCGCUGAUUGUGCUUAAUUUUUUGAACGCAGGCGUGUUUCUGUUACCGGAACGGAGUGGCGAGAAAACAGGAUACGCAGUAUCCGUGUUUCUCUCCUUUAUGGUGUUUGAGACAAUCGUUCAGGCUACACUUCCGGUGAACUCAGAAAACGUCUGCUACCUAUCUAUUUUUGUCACGCUUCAAACUGUUGAAAGUUCUGUCAUCACGAUAGUCGCCAUUUGCCUUGUUCGCGUCGAGGGACGUUAUGAACUCGUCUCGGACUGGUUAGCGUCGCUUAUCAUAUGCAUAACGUGCUACAAGGUAUCAUCGCGCUCGUCUGAUCCCACGAAGGAUGGUUGCAAUCUUUGUCUUGGAAAACAGAAGUGUGAAAACAACAAAGUAGAACCGCAUUUUAUUGACGAAUGCCACGAACAUGAAAGUAGUUUAGGCGACAACAGAAAAGAAGUGCCAAUCGUAGACUGGGGCCAAGUUUCUUCACGACUUAACUGGCUUUUCUUUGCAGUAUUUGUUGUGUUAAACAUUGCCUCGUUGUUCAUCCUAAUGGCGCUGCUUUACUUGAACACGAGGGAUCAAUGAACCCCGUUUCAUAAACUUCUGUUUAUAUUUCCUGCAAAAAUGCUGUUAUGGUCCUUCAGCGUCAUAGAACAAACGAUAUAAGACACAUGCACACAAUAAAUUCAAGCAGCAGGGACCAGUGACGAAAACAUUAUUUUGAUAUAUAUUGUACGUUGACCACGUACGCGCUAGAGUAGAAAAAAAUCAGGGCUCUGACCGUUGUAUA